CGCCAAGCCGAAGCUUAUCAAAAUGACGGUUUGCUAUGGUGAUCCAUCAACAUCGGUAAACCAUCGUCUUCUUUGCCGUCUGUUUCAUCUAUACUUAGUCUCACUUCGACAUUACCGGCGACGAUGGCCGCCACGCAAAAGCUUUAUCCGCGCGGAACAGUGAAGCGUAUUGUUAAAGCCCAGUCGAAUCGCAACGUGAGCAAGAAUGCUGAUAUACUGAUCUUCCUGGACUACAUGCUUUUCAUGCAAGAAUUGGUACGUGAAGCAUCAAUUCGCUCGCGCAAAGCUGGUGACAAAACCAUUGGCCCGAAUUCUGUCCGAAAGGUGACCGAGGUACGUUUCUCAUUCAUUACUGCGUCUGUGGUUCCUUUAGCUCUUUUUUCUCACUAUCAUGCUCUUCCCCUAGAGGACAUUACGCAAGUUUAAGGGUUGAUCAUACAAUGCCAUUUCAUGCACUGUGCAUAUCCCUGAAUUACCUCA